AUGGUUUUGUCAUGGAUUAUGAAUGCUAUAAAAUCUGAGCUAUUAAGCAGUAUCAUCUAUGCAUCAAAUGCUCAUAAGGUUUGGCUAGAUUUGCAGGAGAGAUUUGAUACUGUGAAUGGUUCGAGAGUUUUCUAUCUCCAUAGAGAGAUUGCUACACUCACACAAGGCAAUCAAUCUGUUUCUGACUAUUACUCUCAGAUGAGAAACCUAUGGGAUGAGUUUGAUGCACUCAUGCCAUGUCCUGGGUGCAAUUGUCCUGAGUCUCGCAAUUGUGCUCAACAUUAUGGAUAUCAAAGGCUACUACAGUUUCUCAUGGGCCUUAAUGAGAUAUAUGCCCAAUGUAGAAGUCAAAUCCUGAUGUUAACACCUCUUCCAACACUGAACAAGGCCUACUCAUUGGUGAUAAAUCACGAAAGUCAAAGAACUAUUGCCAUGACCUCUUCAGUAAGUAAGGUCUCUGAGUUGUUGGAAGGUGCUGCCUUCUUUAGUCACAAGGGAAGUCAGUCUAGCUAUAAUGGAGGAGGUAUCAACUCUAGUAGGACAUUCUCAGGAGGAGGUUCUAAUUCAGGAGGUAAUCACAAUGGUAGAGUGUCCUCAGUAGGUGUAGUCAGACCUCAAAAGAAGGGAUCAAUAAUAUGUGAGUUUUGCAACUACAAUGGGCACACUAAGGAGCAGUGUUACAAGCUUAUUGGAUAUCCUUCUGAUUGGCCUAAGAACAGGAAAAAAGGAUCAUCUCAGUUUGCAAAUCAAGUAGGAAACUAUGUCUCCUCUGAUUCCGAGUUAGAGAACUCAAGCUCUGAUAGAACAAAUCAGGGCAAGUCAGGAACUGCAUCACAAACACCUCCUCUUCCCUCCUUCACUCCAGAGCAGUACCAGCAUAUACUUCAUUUGUUGAACAAAGGGAAUGAUGAUUCACCUCCUACUCUUCAAACUGCAAAUGCAGGUACUCAAAGUUCUACUUCAACCAAUAAUGACAAUAAGGUUCAUCUUCCUACUGGACAGGCAGUACCAGUAGCUUAUACAGGGAGUUCAAAAAUAUUCAAUGAUAGUCCUAUCUCCAAUGAUCUCUCCAAUGGAAUGGUGAAGGGGAUUGGUAGAGAAGAACAUGGUCUGUACAUCUUAAAGGGCAAGUCUGUGAAGUCAGCUAUAUGUGGUCUCACAACUAGAUGUGUCAAUACUUCUAAUAACUCUCUUGAGUCCAGCACUCUUUGGCACAGAAGGCUGGGUCAUGCUCCUUUGGAUGCCAUCAGAAAGCAGGAACAUCUUAAACAUUCACAUCAUUCACAUCAUAUGUGUAUUUUCAAGUCUGAAGUCAUUGUUGUACUGAGAAAUUUCCUUACUAGAAUAAAGAAUUUGUUUUCAACUUCUGUGAAAAUACUAAGAACUGAUAAUGGAUGUGAAUUCUUUAGUACUGAAUUUCAGUCUUUUAUGUCUGAUCUUGGCAUUUUGCAUCAGAGUUCCUGUGUCUACACCCCACAACAAAAUGGGGUGGUAGAAAGAAAACACAGAACCAUCCUAGGUGUAGCAAGGUCCCUUAGGUUCCAAGCUGGUUUACCCUUAAAGUUUUGGGGUGAGUGUAUUAUGACUGUUGUGUACAUUAUCAAUAGACUUCCUUCCAAGCUGUUAAAAUCCAAAACUCCUUUUGAACUUUUGUAUGGUCAUCCUCCUUCUCUGUCUCAUCUUAGAGUUCUUGGAUGUCUGACUUAUGCCUCACCUACACCAUCAUCUGAUAAAUUCAAGGAGUCAGUUUUUCCUUUCAUUCAUGCAAAAUCUUCUGGCUCUCCUCUUUUUCCUAUUCUUGAUUUGUCCAGCUUUGAGUCAGCUACUCCUAUCCAGUCUACUACUCUCCAUGUUACUGAACCUAUUAUUCCUUCUCCAAAUCUCCAGUCCUCCUCCCCACUUCCUCAAACCUCAUCACCAUCUCAUGUUGCUCUCAGAAAAUCCACCAGAGCUUCCAAAGAUCCAGCCUGGGUUCAUGCUAUGAAAUUGGAAGUUGCAGCUUUAGAAUCCAAUCACACAUGGUCUAUUGUAGAUCUCCCAGGUGGUAAAACUCCUAUUGGCUGCAGAUCUCUUAUUGCUCUUGCAGCCUCAAAUAUGUGGUGUAUCUACCAGAUGGAUGUACAUAAUGCCUUUUUGAAUGGUGACUUGCUAGAAGAAGCUCCAAGGCAAUGGAACAAAAGAAUGACUGAUGCUCUUGUUCAGAUGAGAAUUAGACAAAGUCAUUAUGAUUACUCUUUGUUCAUCAAGAGGUCAGGAGAAGAGUUGGUGGUUAUCCUGCACAACUUUAAGAUGAAAGAUCUUGGAGAACAUAAGUUCUUUUUGGGAAUUGAAGUAGCUAGAUCAAGUGAGGGAAUUGUGAUGUGCCAGAAAAAAUAUGCAUUAGAGUUGGUGGCUGAAACUGGAAUGAGUGGAGCAAAACCAGCAAGUACACCAAUUGAGAUCAAUCAAAAGCUAACUUCUAUAGAAUAUGAUAAACAUGUACCAGGUAAAACUGGAGUGAGUGAUGAGGCACUGGAAAAUCCUGCAACAUAUCAAAGACUAGUGGGAAGGCUUCUGUAUUUGACUAUGACCAGACCUGACAUUGCCUUUGUAGCACAGGUCUUGAGUCAAUAA